AUGGAACGCAAUCUUCAGCUCCUGUUAUCCAAAAAACUCCUAUUUCUUUGGCCUUGCCCAGGAUAUAAAAACGAAUUUGGUCGGUCUGACCGGGAAACUGUAAGUAGAAUUGGACCUUUUCUAUUAAAAUCUGCACAAGGGUGGUUUUCUGUAUGGCAACCUACUGAAGAAAAUUUCAAGAUUGAAUUUUCCGCAUCAUUUCCUAAACAGAAAAAUCUAGAAAAAUGCUGA